UAUAUUUGAAUAAAUUUGUUAUAAUGUUUCCAAUAAAUGCAAUUAAAAAACUAACCUAAUUUGUAGAGAAAUUCAGGAAGAAUAUUAUUAUUGGCCAACCUGAUGGGGUAUGAGUCGCAUGGAAUUUUAUCAUGGCGACUGUUCAGGUAAACUUACGAAUUUCAGAAUUAAUUCAAUACAUUAGCGAUUCGUGUGUUUUGUGAUUCAUCAUUUUAAAGUUAACAAAGUAUAGUGCGCGUUAAAUUACAUUGAAAUUUGAUGUGAUCGGGAGGUGUUUUUGGUGGAAACCUUUAGUGGCUUUCCGUAAAAUAUAAGCGGAUGAUGUCAGUUAUCGACGCAAAGCCAUGCCACGAGGAAGACAAUUCAAAUUUGACCGAGGACGAUUGGAAAAUGCCUGUUGCUUUUCAAAAACCUCGACAUACAACAACAAUCGAGGGGAUCAAUUGUGUCACCCAAACUUGGCGUAUGAAAGAACGGAUGAAAACAGUUAGCGUGGCAUUAGUGCUCUGUUUAAAUGUUGGCGUGGACCCACCUGAUAUUGUUAAAACACAACCAUGUGCUCGUUUAGAAUGUUGGAUUGAUCCAUCAUCUGUGAGCCCACAGAAAGCUCUUGAAAUGAUAGGUUCUAAUUUACAGAAACAAUAUGAAAGAUGGCAGCCUAGAGCACGUUAUAAACAAAGCUUAGAUCCUACUGUAGAAGAAGUUAAAAAACUAUGUACCUCUUUACGAAGAAAUGCUAAAGAAGAAAGGGUUCUUUUUCAUUACAAUGGACAUGGUGUACCUAAACCUACUAGUAAUGGUGAAAUAUGGGUUUUUAAUAGGACUUACACACAAUACAUUCCAUUGUCAGUGUAUGACUUACAAACAUGGAUGGGAGCACCAAGCAUCUACGUAUAUGAUUGUUCUAAUGCUGGAAUUAUCGUCGAAUCUUUCCAACAAUUCGCUGAACAACAUGAAAAAGAAUACGAAAUGGAAAAGCAAGCAGUGCAACAAAAUUGUGCUACCGGAAUUGCUAAUUCUACUAUCCCGUCUUAUAAAAAUUGUAUUCAAUUGGCAGCAUGUGCAGCUAAUCAGAUUUUAUCUAUGAAUCCAGAUCUGCCAGCAGACGUGUUUACGUCUUGCCUUACUACACCGAUCAAAAUUGCUUUACGCUGGUUUGUUAUGCAAAAUACUACGAAAUUAAUCCCAAAGAUAUCACUGGAUUUAAUUGACAAAAUUCCAGGUCAAUUGACCGAUAGAAGAACAAUGUUAGGGGAAUUAAAUUGGAUAUUUACUGCAAUUACAGAUACCAUAGCAUGGAACACAUUACCUAGAGAUUUAUUCCAAAGGUUAUUUAGACAAGAUUUGUUAGUUGCUAGUUUGUUUAGAAACUUUUUACUUGCUGAAAGAAUACUUCGCUCGUAUGAUUGUACUCCUGUAUCUUGUCCAAAGUUACCACCGACAUAUCAGCAUCCAAUGUGGCAAGCCUGGGAUUUGGCACUUGAUUUAUGUUUAGCACAAUUACCACAGAUUUUAGAAAACGAAGAACAAUUUGUACAUUCUCCUUUCUUCGAAGAACAAUUAACAGCUUUUCAAGUUUGGCUUACAUUGGGUUCGAAAAAUCGCAAUCCUCCAGAACAACUUCCAAUUGUUUUACAGGUGCUUUUGAGUCAAGUACACAGACUUAGAGCAUUGGAAUUGCUGGGACGUUUCCUUGAUCUUGGCCCGUGGGCUGUGAAUUUAGCGUUGAGCGUUGGAAUAUUUCCGUAUGUUUUAAAAUUACUUCAAAGCAAUGCGAAAGAGCUCCGACCUUUGCUCGUGUUUAUCUGGGCUAAAAUUCUUGCAGUGGAUAAUACUUGUCAGGCUGAUUUAGUACGAGAUGAUGGUCAUAAAUAUUUUCUAUCCGUUCUGCAAGAUACUACAAUUUUGCGGGAGCACAGAACAUUAGCAGCAUUCGUGUUGGCCUGUAUUGUAAAUGAUUAUCGACCUGGACAAAUUGCUGCCAAUCAUGGAAGUCUUGUAUCAAUUUGUCUUGAACAAUUAGGCGAUUCUCAUCCUUUGUUACGCCAAUGGCUUUGCUUAUGUCUAGGAAGACUUUGGCAUAACUAUGAUAAAGCAAGAUGGUGUGGAGUAAGAGACAUCGCUCAUGAAAAACUUUUCAUAUUGCUACACGAUCCUGUUCCUGAGGUACGGGCUGCUAGUGUUUAUGCACUGGGAACUUUUAUAAACAGCGUUACAACUCGAAGUGAACAUGCAAACAAUAUUGAUCAAAUCAUUGCUAUGACACUUAUUAAUACUAUUUCUCAUGACAUGUGUCCUUUAGUAAGAAAAGAAUUGGUAGUAGCGCUUCAGUGGAUGGUUCUACAUUUUGAGAAUUCAUUUGUGACGCUAGCUUUGGCUGAAGAAAAUAGUCGAAAAGAUUUAAUUGUAGAAACAUUAUCGCCGUUCAGCGGAAUGAGGCGUAUUAGUUCAAGAGAUCGUUUGAAGAUGCUAUCUCCUAAUAAUAUGUACACUGUAGACACAUCCGAUGGGCUUGGCCAAGACCGUAUAAAAAGAGUUUCUUCUUCAUCAUCUAUUAGUAGUUUAGGCCAUAGUUCUUUGGGAAAUUUACCAAGCUUAUCUUAUGGUAGCGUAUACAUGAAAUUAUGGCAUGGACUUGGUAAUCUUGACAAUGAUCCUCACCCUGCGGUCGCUUCAAUGUCUCAAAAAGUAACCAAUCAUAUUCGCAGACAGAUUAAGGAGUCGUCUGUGCCUAAAGAAGUAGUAGAGACUAAAAUAUCCUCGUCAUUGUCCCUUCCACCAUCUCCGUCAAAUCAAACUAGUUAUCUAAGUAAUAGCAAGGGAGAAUCACCGCCAAUAGUUAAUUCUGGAACAGAUUUAAUGCGUUCUGCACGAAUGUCUUCGCACGGUAAUCGUCCAAGGAAACCAGUGCCCAUUACAAUAUCAGAAGAAGCAGAUGAAAUAUUUGAUAUUAAAACACCUUUGACUACUUCGCAAUUUGUUGAAUGGAGUUGUGCACAAUUCGCGCAACCUGUUACUCUAAAAAAUGAAAUUGAAUCCGUAAACGAUAUGGAAAGUAGAGCACAUUAUGAACGCGAAUGGAGAUAUUUACGGAACAAACGACAGAGACGCGAUGCAAAAGAAGAACAGUUAAGAGCAAUGCAAAAUAGAAUAGAAUCUCAAGUAUUCCAUGCGAGAUGUUCUCAGUCACCAGACGUUCUUACGUUCCAUCCGUUUGAAUCACAUUUGGCUGUAGCAUUGAAGGAUUACUUUGGAGUAUGGGACUGUCAAAAUGGUGCAAAAUUAACAUAUUACGCCAGUCGUGGUAGUAGAAUGUCAAGAAUUACGACUUUGGAGUUUAUCAAUGCUCAUGAUGUUACGUUAUUAAUGGCUGGUUCUGAUGAUGGUUCAAUCAGAGUGUGGAAGAAUUAUAGCAGCACAUUAGGUCGUGAUCCUGUAUUGCUUACCGCAUGGCAAGCAUUGUCAGAUAUUCAGCCAUUAGCAAGGACUUCUUCUGCAACAGCAGGAUUGAUUACUAAGUGGGAACAAAAGUCUCUAACUUUAGCCGUGACUGGUGAUGUUCGUAUCGUCAGAUUGUGGGACGCAGAAACAGAGUUGAAAAAGCAAGAUAUACCAACGGGUGCUGAUUGCUGUAUUACGUCUGUCGAUGUCGAUAAUACAGGAUCUUUAAUGGUAUUAGGCUGUGGCGAUGGAUCAGUUCGACUCUUUGAUAGAAGAUUGGCUCCACUAGAAGCAAGAGUAAUGACGUGGAGAGAACAUACUGCGUGGGUAUUGGGAACACAUUUGAGAAAGUCAGAUGGUUUUAUAUCACAAUUAUUUACUGGCUCUUCUUCUGGAGAUAUUAGAAUUUUUGACAUAAGAAAAAAUUCUUCUAUAAGUUCUGUACAGAUAACACAAGGCAUUACAGCAUUAACUGUUCAUGAAAAUGCUAAUGUUUUUGCUUGUGGCUCAACGAAUCACUGCAUCAGUGUUUAUACUACGCUUGGACAACACCUCAAUACGAUUAAGUUUCACGAAGGUUUUAUGGGUACACGAAUUAGUCCUGUAAGUUGUCUUAGUUUUCAUCCCUAUCGUGUGAUUUUAGCAGCGGGAUGUGUUGAUAGUACUAUAACUGCGUACGCAUCCGAGUCAAGAAGAUGACUGUUAGAGAGAGAAUUUCUGUAAUAUUACUUUUGACAAUUUUUCAAAUGAUAUUUCUUGUAAUUAACCCCUUCUGCUAUUACCACGAAUUAGGUGCGUGGUAUAAAUAGCGAGAUAAACAUGUUACACUGUUCUCGCAUAGUAUAAGGAGUUAAUUAUUAUGAUAUGAAAAGUACAAAAGGAAAAAAGAGGAAAAAGAAAGAAAGAAAGACAGACAGACAGACAAAAA